UGAGCAGACGACACUGAAUGGAAGAUGCUCGGGGGAGGCCAGGCUGAGGGGACCAUUUUCUCACUUUUUUUACUCACGUCCAAGUACUAGUGACCGAGAUAAGCUCACAAUGUGCUGUGCUAGUGUCGUCGGUGACUCAGAAAACGUGUGUAUGAUAAGAGGUCGGUGAAGGCGCGGUGAAGCGAGAGAUAAGCCUCCAAGAUGAUGCCUGUGUGACAGAUGAAGGCCAAAUCCCUCUAGGCUCGGCAUUCCAGAGACGUUGGUGCUCAAGAAAUAGUAUCGGGAGUGUAGCGUUGUGAUGGUGAAGUGAUGUGGUGAGGGUGUAGUGAUGAGUGGUGAGGCCAGGGUGUACUAAGGUGUAGUGGUGAAGGAGGUUGUCCACAUGGGGCCGCCUCUACCCGUCUCCUUCUCUCCUAACAUGAUGCUCUACACCAUUGGUUGUGUUUGCCGCAGAUGAGGGUUGAGUGCGAUGGGUGUGAGAGUGUGAUGGUGGGUUGUGGGUGUGGUGGUGGUGGUGGUGGUAGCCUAGCACCAGCACCCACCCAGGCUGCUGCCCUGCCCCCUCGCCCCUCACCACCCACCUGCUGCCAUGGUGCAGGCCAGUGAGGAGGUGAUGUGCGACUCCCGGCCCUCCACCAGCGGCUCCGGUCCCUAUGUCCACAACAAGCUCCCGCUCAGCAACAGGUGGCCAGGGGGGGCGAGGCCCAAGAUCUUCAACCACAGGUCCUUCAGCUCCGGCUCGCGGCCAUCGGUCCUCUCGCGGGCUUCUGGCUCCCUGCGCUCCGUCUCGCGCCCCGGCUCGCGGACCGGCUCGGGUCUGGGCUCGCGGGGGUCGCUGCUCUCCGGGUCGGUGGGCACGGCGGAGGAGGUGGGCUCUGGCGUCUCCAGACUACGGCGGGAACUACCAUCCAUCUCCGACAUCUGCGGCUACGACGAGGUCCAGGAACUACUCCGCGACAUUGAGCAGCUGGAGUGCCGUCGCUGGACCUCGGACUGGGACUCCUUCACCAUCCAGUCCUCGCACCCGGACCUCGACCUCGAACUCCUCUCCCACGACUUCGACACCCUCUCCCGCUGCGACUCCCGGUUGUCGUGGGACUCCCACGCGGGGCGGCAGCCGGAGGAGGAGGACGACGAGGAGGACGGUAGCCCCGGGACGUGCUCGCCGGAGCCCCCGAGACACCGGCGACCCACGCCCACCAUCACACUAGCCUGGGAUGACUCCCACCUCAAGACCUCAGUUGGAAUUUUUAGACUAUUAUUAGUAGUUGUGUCGGUGAUAACGAUGACCUGCGCCUGUACGGUGGGAACCGCUCGUCUCAGCAUAUUCGUGUUACCGGGAGCUUGGAGACUACGAGUGGUGGUAUUCACUGCGGUCUUCACCAUCCUCACUACCACCAUACUUCUCCUCCUCCAUCUCUCCUCCCUCGUGCACUCCCUCACACUACGCUGGGAUAAGUUGGUGACGGUGAUUUAUGUGUUCGUGUGUGUGUGUUACUUGGUGUCCGCUUCACUGCUGCUGCACCUCCUGCACCUCUACCACACCACAUAUCCCUGGAUACCUGCCUGGACUAAACAGCAGCUCCUGACCACGUCGCUGUGUGGGUGUGCAUGUGGGGUGGUGUCGCUGGUGCUGGCGGUAAUCUCAGGGUGUGGGUGGCCCCGCUACGGCCGCGUCCUCAGUGACGGCUCCACUACGGACACCACCUCCUCCCACCACCUCCAUACUCUACACCACAUUAACCCCCACGCACUAGCGGGACCUGCAGCUGGUCUCCUGCCCUCCAGGAGGCUCCGGCAGGGCUCCGGCGCCUCCCUGGGCCCCGGCAGUGUGGGCCCUCAUGCCACUACAGCCUUCACCCCGGACAGCUUAAAUGAGCCUCAGCCUGGGCCCUCCAAAGCUUUGCCCCACAACCACACUCCUGCACGUCCUCAGGUGCUGCAUGGUUUGACUCAGCAGCACGGGGUGUAGUGUCCUCCAGGCCUCGCUGCAAUCAUGCCCGCCACCCAACUAUUUUAUAGAAGCAGAAAUGGGGCGCUGCUCCAACGAUGAGUUUGUAUAUGACAAUUUGGUGUGUGGUGCAGUGUGGGGGCAGUGUGGGAGCCAGUGUGGGGGCAGUGUGGGAGCCAGUGUGGGAGCCAGUGUGGGAGCCAGUGUGGGGCAGUGUGAGGCAGUGUGGGAGCCAGUGUGGGAGAGGACCAGAGGCCUGACUGCGUGCAGGCCACAACAGGCUGCCCAUUCACCUUGUGAUACCAGUUAUCCAUGCUCCUCGCGGGAGAACUUUGCUUGUUGUUUUUCCAAGUUUUUAGAUAAACAUUUGAGAGUGGAGAUGUUAUCGACAGUUUUAGAUGAAUCCUGAUACCAGAGAGUUUAAACCUGUGUAUAUAGUUAGACAACUAGUUUUCUAGGGUACUGGUUUUUAUUAUUCUUAUGCCAUAUUGCUUAAUUUUUUACUAGUUGACUCAAUUUCUUCCAUUCAGAUAUUAGAUGAUUGAGUGCUGCGCUCUUGAGUCUUGGUUAGUACAGUGUGCUGUACUGCCCAGCCAAGUGGCAAGACAUAUCCUGUGUGUCCCCCCUCACUCCUCACCACCCUCCCAUACCCCCCUCACUCCU